UUCUUCUCUCUCUAUAAACACAUUACCAUUCUCUCUCUCCCUCCCCCACCGCCUCUUCUGUCUCCGAUCUCAACCAGGUUCAGGGGAGCCAACCAGAAAAUGGAGAAGGAAAAUUGCUCUUCCGCUACAAACGCAGAUCUCAUCGCCGACGUAUCGCGCAAUUACUUCACUACUGGAGACAACUACGAUUUCGCCUCCUUAUUCCCUCCGCUGCUAUCGUCCGAUUCCCUCUCCUUGUCAUCGCGCUUCUGCUCGCCGUCGUCGGCAAUGCCGCACCAGGAGAUGGUCAACCGCCACGCUCUCUGCCUAACGCGCCUUCGCCAGGCUGCAAAGGAGGUCGAGUCUCUCCGCCAUGAGAACGCGGUUCUCCGAUCCAUCAACCACGACCUGAACAGCGAUCUCAACCUCCUCAUCCGCGCCUCCGUCCAGAAUCACUGCCUUCCGCCGUCUCACUACGACAAUUCGCCGUUCGAGCUCGCCAAUGCUUUCCGUGAUUUGUGCAACAUCGGCGGAGGAGGAGGCGCCGCCGCGGAGGAGUUGUGUGAGAAUCAGAGUCCGACGAGCGUCAUCGAGAUGCAGAGCGGGGACGCGGACAGGAUUUCGUUACCGAAGAGCAUUUCCGUGAGGUCCAAUGGUUACUUGAAGAUCGGACAGAGCACUGCUUCUGCUGGUGCGAGCAACAAGAGUCGGAGCGUGACUCGGCCUCUUCGCAACACGAAUCCAAUCGAUGGAGCGGCAAAGGUAUUGAUCCGUGGUGGAAAUGGAGGGAAGAAAGAGGAGGAGGCACUCGAGCUGGAAGUGUACAACCAAGGCAUGACGAAGACUGAGCUCUGCAACAAAUGGCAGGCAACUGGUGCUUGUCCAUAUGGCAACCACUGCCAAUUUGCACAUGGUGUUGAGGAGCUUCGCCCAGUGAUCCGCCACCCUCGCUACAAGACUGAAGUCUGCAGAAUGGUUCUCUCUGGUGAUAUGUGUCCUUAUGGCCAUCGCUGCCACUUCCGCCAUGCCCUUACUGAGCAGGAAAGAGCCACUGAGCGCCUCAAGCCCAAGCAGACUAAGCUCGAAAGGUAUACAGUGCAUAUAGGGGGGAAGGAAGCAAGGGUAUACUACUAAUGAAGUAUAUGGAGUACAGAACACUUUUGGGGCAUAUACACGGUGGACAACAAUGGAACAGGGUAUCUUAGAGAGAGAUUAGACUUACUCUUGCUUUCUUUCCAUCCCUUUUUGCAAUGCUCAAGAUAACUCUUGUUGUCAUUCUUAUAAUUGUACCUAGUCUUCAGUUUGAUUCAUUCUUUCAAUUGUCACACAAUGUGGUCCAAGUUUGUUUUGUAAUAAGGACAUCAUAUGAUUUGGUUGAUGAGGCCACUGUAGAAAGUUUUGAU